AGCGCGCAGGCACCAUGGCGCCCAUGACCAGGAAAACGGCCAGCUCUGGCGCAUUCAAGCCCGUCCAUCGCAAGGGCUCCCAAACCAACACGAGCUCCUUUGCCGACGUUACUCGCACAAAUGGCCACUCGACUUCACAGAACCUCGACAGCAACGCAAGCGCCCUCGUACCCACCAGUCAGCUCAUCGAUCAAAUCAAUCCAUUGCGCGACAUGGCAGACCGCGUCGGUCGCGAGGUCGACCAUUUUGCAGAGACUCUCGACAAGUUCAACUCCCGUCUGCAUGGCCAAGAUGCAUACCGUACCGCCAUCGACCUGACUCUGGAGUACAAGGACUUUGCGAGCAGUAUGGUCAAGAAGCUGAAGAAACGUCACGAUGCUCAGCGCGUCAACGAGAUGAAGAACGAAUUCGGCAAGAGAAUCACCCAAUCUCCCAUAAGAAGCUCCAGCCUCUCUGGCGCAGUAGGGCCCGUCACCCACAACGAUGGCGACGAAGACAUUCCCGCGCAAACCUCACUCGACACACUGAGACAAUGGCAAGCCGAACUCGAUACCUGGGAGCUGUUCCGCAUCAUGCUCGAGCUACGAUACUCUCCUGAGAAGCAGACUCGCCAGCAAGAGAAGGAAGCAAGACUAGCAGACAUGGGAGCACCGAACACAUACACAUCCGACUCGGACAUCUGGGAACGCUUUACGCUGGACAAUGAUCCAGCCAGAGAGCGACAUCUGGUCCUCAAAUGGUUACAAGGAGCUGCCAACCACGGCGAGAGUGAUAUCGAGGCAAUUGCUGAAGAGUUGGAGAAGAAGUCAGGCAGAGGAACAGGUAUCUGGUCCAAUGGCUGGAUGGAGACGCGUGAGAGGAUCAAGGGAACAAAAAGAAUGCGCGUCUUCUCGACCGCCUCCUCCGAUAUGCUCGACGUGAAGCGCACUCACAGCAACGAACCUCUGGUAUCUUCCUUGGACCCAGAUGCACCGACGCGUCAGUACCGUGUGCUGGAAAAGGCCGACGAAUAUUCAGAAAGAGCACUUUGGAUGACUUGCUGGGAAAUGUUAAGGCGCGGGCACUCAUGGUACGACAUCUGCCAAUGGUGCUCUGAGCGUAACCAAAGCUGGCGCGCUGUUAGCAUGGCUGUCUCUGCCGACUCAGAUAAGGACAUGGCUCUUCCGGGUCUUUCGGCUGGUUCGCUUUGGCGUCGUAUGUGCUACGCCUUGACACAGCAAACAGGUCUGGACGAGUAUGAAGCCGCCGUAUAUGGUGUGCUCAGUGGCGAUCUGGACUCAGUUAAGCGCGUGUGUCAAAGCUGGGACGACUACAUCUUCGCUCACUACAACUCCCUUCUGAUCGGACAGCUGGAAGACUAUCUACAAAAGAGCUUCCCAGAGAAGUUUGCAUCAGGAACUGCCACCAAGUUCCCGCUCUUCGAUUCUCUCAGACAUCAUGGCGACCAACAGGACGUCGCUCGAAACUUGAUCAGGCGCCUCAAUGAGCAAUCUUCCACCUCGCACGAGGCCAGGAAGCCUCUCAAGUUGCUACAAGGCAGUCUCAUUGCAGACAACUUUGCCGACUUGUGCAAAAACCUUGCAACGGCCAUCUCAGACGCUGCUUGGUACCAAACCACCUCGACCACUAUAGUUCCUCUGCGUACCGCUGUCUCUCCAGACUCUCAACGAGAGAGCGUCAUCUUCAACGACUAUGACGCUUUACGUAUUGUCACCCACAUGGUUCUGAUGCUACGUGAGUUCCACGAGCCCCUUUCAGACACAAAGUCCGACCCCGAAGCUCUCGACAACAUCAUCGCUGCCUACAUUCAACUCCUGCGCGCCGCUGGCAGAUGGGAGCUCACAUCAGUGUACGCAUCGAGAAUGUCGCCUAUCCGUGGUACCAAGUCCCUUGCACAGACCAUGACAGACGUACAAGACCUUCAAGAGAAGAUGCACUUUACCAAGCUCAUGUCCACAUAUGGCAUCGAUCCCGUCGCCGUCUUAAUCGAACAGGCCAAGUAUCUCAUGGAUGAAUUGCUGCCCAAGAAGCCCGCUGAGCAGGGCAACCUGAAGAUUAUUGAGAACACCAAAGAUGAUCUUUAUCCUGGUCAAAGAAUCAAGCUGAACUUUGUGGAAGAAGGAAACGGUGGUGAAGGUAUUGCCGACCAUCUCGCUGUCUUUCAUCUUAUGGAGGGUCAUUGGGACGUCUCCUUCCAGACUCUUGCGUAUGCUUGCAGAAAGCUGCUUCCCUCACGCUUGGUUGACCAAUUGUCUUUCGAGUUACUGUGUACAGCAAAAUCGAGACCUAUUCUUGGGACAUCGGUCAAUGUGAUGGAUCGUGAGGAAACUUCAUUACUUCCUCCAGAUGCCGAACACGCAACAAAGCUACGCGUCCUUCAAAAACAAUGCAGAGGAUACUAUGAGCUCAGUUUGCUGGUGAAGGCUGUUGAUGCUCUUGAUGCUUGGAGGACAGUGGAGCACGACUAUGCCACUAAGGUUCCACGACCGAGUUCGCUGCCGGCUAAGGUCAAGGCAACCUUUGAGAACACCUGCGCUGCGAUCGAGCCUGUGUUGAGUGGUAUACUCAUGCAUGCUAAGGAUGACGAUGAAGCCGCCGACUUGGUCAAGAUCCGCAACUGGUACCUCCCCGAGGUCGUACUCGCAUACAACGCGGUCCUUUGCGCGGGCGCUCACAUGAUCAGCCGUGAUCAUCUCCUGCGGAGUAUGGAGCUGGCAAACGAUGUCGCCAAUGAUAAGACGGGUCUGGCCGAGUGCUUCAUGGAGGCUGGACGUAUGCGCGAGCUGGUUAUUGCGUUCGCUCAGUCCAGUGAGACUAUGUUGAAGCUGAACGAGAUGAACCAGGGCAAGCGCGAGAGGAAGAACAAGGCAGGCAAGAACCUCGACAUUUGGGAGAUCAAGGCA